GGCCACUGGUCACGCGCAUUAUUGGUCCCCAGGCCUAAAGCGAAAUCCCGGCCAUAAUUCUUUCUUUUCGAACCAGUGAUCAACAUGGGUGAGUGUUUAGAGUUUCGACUUUAAAAAACAAUCCGUUUGAAUCUCUAGGGAAUUGAAAUAAAAAUCGCUUUCUUUCAUAACAAGAGUAAUUUUUGAAUGCUGAAUAAUUAGUGCCGUGUGCUAUUUUGGUGAAUUUUCCGGGGGUUUGAAAGUCGAGAGCGUAAUAAAGCCAAGAAACAUGAACACAAAAUAUUAAUAGUUCCCUGUAAAAUUUAGGUUAUAUAUCUUAUAAUCUUUAUUUGUAAUUUUUCAAUGGAUUGCAGGCUGCUCCCAUAAAAGCCCAAAAAAUGCAUUUUGUUUUUUAUUGGAGCAACUAAAUUGCAAAAUAUAGUCUGAUUCAGUGAUUCUUUGACUAGUUUUGAAAUGGGUCAUUCCAGAAAAAAUACACACUCCCCGACAGGGGGUGGGGGCGUACUUUUGGUAAUAGUAAAUGUACUAGGACGUCCGAAUGGGGUAGGGGGGUUAACUUCCAAUUUCCUCAGUGAAGCCUGUCUAGAGUAACACAAUAUAAUACAGCCUUCCGAAAAGUAUGUCACUUUGGCUAUAAAAUCUCAUUUUCGUGUGUGUGACAUAUUCAUUAAAGCCUGACGUCUCAGGGCCUGUUCAUAUGGGCAAAAGUUAUCCCGGUUAACGAGAAAACUUUUCGACUAGCCAAAUACUUUUGUUCUGUUCAUAUGGAGAAACUUUAUCCCGCUUACCGGGUAAAGUUUUCGGCUGCGACGUGGCACUGAACAUCAAUUGAAUUGAAAAGUUGCUGACAUGACAAAAAGUUAUCCCGCUAAGCGGGAAAGUUGUGUUCAUAUGGGGAAAACAUCCCAGUCACCGAGAUCUCGUCUGUCAACAAGCGAGAUCUCGGUACACGGGAAAAGUUUUCGUCUCAUAUGAACGCAAUGUAACUUUUCAUAUUAUCUUCGUAACAAGGCAAGAUCUCGCUCGUAAAGUUUUCUCGCUAACCGGGAUAUCUUCUGCCCAUACGAACAGGCCCUCAAUCUCAAAAACAAGGCUCUAUAGUCGAAGUGAUGUUCUUUCCGGAAGCGUGUAUUGCAUGUAAUUCAACACGGAAACAGUAUCAUGUGAUUGUAUAUGGCAUUGGUGUAUUAGGUAUUUCCCGAGAUAACUGGCAUAAGAGACGUGCAACGGGAGGCAAGAAAAAGGCCCUCCGAAAGAAGCGAAAGUAUGAGCUGGGCCGACCACCAGCCAACACCAAGGUAUGAUGGCCUUUGUAUGACCUAACUUUAUUUCUAUGAAAUAUCAGUUCUGAAAUACUCUUCCCCUCUAGAGGUCGAACAAGAGGAAACUAGAGUAGCAGAGUUCCCAAUAGAGACCUUACAAUUUUAGGACGGCAACACAACAGCUACCAAUACAAUAGAUCAUUGAACCUGGCGAUUUUUGCGAGCUAUAGUAUAGUGUAGACAAUCACUGGUUAUUUACUGAAAUUAUAACCCAAAAUAUUUCCUUGUUACCACAGAAAUUGCAACAAAAACACCUCAUCUAGUCAUAUAAGAUUAUUUUCAACAUGAAAUUGAGUUUACAUUUUAGCUUGGCCAAAAGAGAAUCCACCCUGUGAGAACGAGAGGUGGAAAUAGAAAGUUCCGAGCUCUGCGUCUCGACCAUGGAAACUUUUCCUGGGGAUCUGAAAGUGAGUGAAAUGCAAAGAAAAAAGUAUUAAUAAAAUUAGCUGCCAGGAUGCAUCCUACUUUGUUAUUUUAUUUUGUCUAACACUGGAUUAUUUUACUCGUCAAGGGGUUGCAUUUGGUGUGACGAAAAAGUUUCAUUUAGCAAAAUGAUGAUCACUUAUAAUAUGUAUGAGGACGUUCUUGAGACUGUCAUAGUCUUAUAACUUCAAACAUGAUUAUUUUUUGUCAUAGUUACUCUGAUUGCAAACAUGAAACUUUAAACUCUGUUUUAAAGAUGGAUACGUCUGAAAUUACUUUAAAAAUAUGUGUGAAGUUUAUGUUUUCACUUGAUAAGAAAGCUUUGGAUUGAUAGGGAUGCAGCCACUUGAAAAUACCAGGAGAACAACAUGGGAAUGUUAGUCAAAAUGUUGAAGUUCUCCUUAGGCUGUUGCGGUAUUUGAAAAAAAACGAAAACUGAUACCGAAAAAAAAAUACCGAUAAUACCGAUAUAUCGAUAUUUUUCGCGAUUGUAUUUUGCUUAAAUUUUAUGCAAAAUUUGCUUCAUUUUAUGCAACAUUUUCUGUUUUCAAAUGACGCCAAAUAGCCGCGAUAUAACAAGAGAAAUGUCCACUUUGAGAAUUGAAAAUGCAUAUAUUUACAUUGAUUAUCCGCACUCAGGAUGAAUCGUGAGUUAUAUUUUUGGCCGGGAAAUUUGAUUCAAAACAUGUUAUUCAACUGCGAAUUCGAAACAAAGAUUGGCCUAUCUCACCAUGCAGAUAAAUAAUGUCCAAUGGGGUUAUUUUUUUUAAACAUUUUUUAAUCCGGCGUUGUUUAAGUUCACUUUUUGACAUGAAGCGAAAUAACAUAUUACACCUUUUAACGUCAACGAAAACGUAAACCAACACGUUUUAGCUCUCGCUCUAUAAACCCUGAUUACGGUUUUCCCGCACAUUGAUCGUCUUUGUCCUGCUGAAACAGUGAACUCCAUGUCUUUUAGUUGAGUUCACUGUUCUGAAAUAACUCCAAUCAGCACUUGAAAAAACUUGAUAUGACGUUUAAAUAUACAAACGUAAACGUGAUAUUGAUAAUACCGAAAAAUAUCGAUAUUCCAAUAUAUCGAAAAUUUCAAUAUCGAGUAAUCGGUAUUUAUAAAAAAACGAUAAUUAUCGGUAUAUUGAUAUACCGCAACAGCCUAGUUCUCCUUGUAUUUUUCAGGUACGAUAGUACAUCCCUAUCAAACCCAAGCUCGCUACACUGACCGUUCAAGUGUUUCCACUUGUCAAAAUUGAACUUUUCUUCAAAUUUUUUAUAAGGAAAUUUGUGAAUCUGUUUGCCCUCUCGAAUUCAAGCAGGUGCCUCGAAUGAAAAUGUUUUGUGCUUUUCUUAGGUAUCACCAGGAAAACACGUGUCAUGGAUGUUGUAUAUAAUGCAAGCAAUAACGAACUUGUGCGAACAAAGACACUCGUGAAGAAUUGUAUUGUACAGGUCGAUAGUAAUCCCUUCAGACAAUGGUACGACACCGGAGAAUUGUAUAGGAAUUCGAUUAUUUAGAAGUGAUGAAAUUUGUGUAAAAAAUCUUUCAUUGUACUAAUUGAAUUUUUCGACAGCAAGAUAAUAUCUAUAAAAAAGAUCAUUUUUUGUAUGUGAGGACUACUUAUGCAGUUUUGAUAUUAGCAAAACUGUGAUAAUUUUCCCCCUGAAAAAAAGUUUUCUUGUGUUCAUGUCAAAACAUUCAGGAAGACGACAUUGUGUCGCAUUCCUGAAUAUUUUGAUACCAAAACAUCACACCUUUUUCGAGCGGUUUUUGGUAGUACAUUUGUAUGUAACACCAUUUUCUUACUUUUUCUUAUUUUGACUGGCUAGGUAUGAGUCGCAUUAUGCAAUUCCUCUUGGACGAAAGAAGGGUGCCAAACUGGUAAGAUUUUUUGUUUGUGGUUACAUGUGGCAACAUUGGUUACAGUAAUUAUAAAAAUGCAUUCAUUUUGUUGUUUCUUUCCUAGACUGAGGCCGAAGAAGAAGAAUUGAACAAAAAGCGGUCAAAACAUCAACAACAGAAAAUGGAACGCCGUAAAACCACAGCUCAAGUUACAAAAGAACUGAACGACCAGUUUGUGACUGGAAGGCUUUAUGGUAAGCAAAUAAACUUUCUUUAUUUUUAUAAUUAUAUUAGAUGAAUAAAUUUAACCCAAUAAAACCCAAAUAACUCAAAUAAAAUCAUUGUCAUUAAUUUCGGUGUAUUUACACAAUAUAUAUUUUGUUUCUUUACAGCUUGUAUUUCGUCGAGACCUGGUCAAAGUGGUCGAUGUGAUGGUUAUAUUUUGGAAGGCAAAGAACUUGAGUUCUAUGUGAAGAAAAUUAAGGCUAAAAAGAGCAAGUAAAUUGUAAAAAUGCUUUUGCAAACAAAAUAAAUAAUUUGAAAACCAU